CCAUCCUCGACCUCUGACAAACAACGCGCGUUGAACUCAAGGGGAGGCACCUACGCACCUACCGACGCAACACACACUCAACACGACCGCUGCACGCUGUAACGGGACGCAGUGAAUGGGCGUCCUUGAUGGGCUUGCUGAAGGAGGGAGCUGGGAAGAUGCGACGGAAUCGCUUGCACUGCAAGGCACGUUGGUGGCGGGAAUCAGGCGUGGGUACAGCUCUUGUGGUGUGUGUUGCCGCCGUGGCGGUGGCUGCGGUGGCGCUGUUGGCGCCAACUGUGGAAGCGGUUCAUGGUGUCUGCGCAGAGAACACGUUUCCGGCUCUGAACACAAGAGGACAGCACUUUCAUUGCAUCUGCCCAGAUGAGUUUAUCUGUGAGGGCUGCUCGCACGGGUGCCAACCCGCGAUGAAGAACCGCUGCGUCAACGGCUUCAUUCCAUCCUGCACCACUUGCCGCUGCAGCAAAGAAACGGGGGACGAAGAGCCAAGAAGGAAGCGCAAGAAGCGACCGCGUCUCGGCGACCUGGUGGAUCGCAUCGACGCCCCGUUCUGCGAGGCAGAAGGCGAGGCGUUCCCUGCGUCCAGAAAAUACGAUGGCAACGGCACGUUUGUGUUUGUGGUCAGCAACGGCCACACGGGCACCACCUUCCUUGGGCAGCUGUCGACGUGGCGCACGGUGUUUGGGCGCGUACCGCGAGGGUACGUCAUCGUGCAUGAGCAGGAAGCCGACAAGGCACUCGUGCAGCAGCUGCCCUUCCACGACGACUGGUGCCAGCGUGCUCUGGAGUACGUCGCCGACCACAAAGUGCCCUUUAUGCAACGAGCGCUGGACAACCUCGGCGCGCACACCUACUUUGCUGCCGGCCACCAAAUCAUCCUCGGCAUGCUGCCUGCGCUGGCAGACAUCUUGGGCGACCGCGUGCGGUUUGUGCGCCUGCGCCGCAACCGGUUCGACACCGCCUACAGCUACAUGCCCAAGCGCGGUGGGCCGUGUCAGCAGCAGUGCCACUACUGCCUGUGCCCGCUGGACAGGGCGGCGCGCUGCCCAGCGCCAUCGGGGGACGUGUGGAACAGCCUCAACAGCUUCCAGCAGUACCUCUGGUCCGUGGACGAGGUGGAGUGCCAGUGGCAGGCGCUGCUACAGUCGCGACCACAUCUGCAGCACAUGGAAAUCAACUGGAGCGGCACCAUCGAGCCGUCCACCAUGCAGACGCUGGCGUCGUUCCUCGGCAUGACGUUUGCGGAGGAUGUGCAGGUGGCGCAGACGGUGCAGUCCAAUGAGCACGUGAGCAGGAAGAAGCGCGGGGAGAAGAACAUGACCCUCUUGCACGAGUGGGCGCGGGACUACGAGCAGAGGCUGCGACUGCCCCACUGCAACGACUACACGUGCAUUGUUGAUGCUGCUGACACGCAGCAGCAUGGUACCUAGGCUCUCAAGUUGUUUUGCCGCGAGGGCGGUGUGGGUGGUUGUGUGUGUGUGAGAGAGAGAGUGUGUGUGUGCGUGCGUGUGUGUUUGUGUGCAAGCGUGUGUAAGUGUGUGUGUGUGUGUGUGUGUGUGUGUGUGUGUG